AUGAAUCGACAAAUAAAUCGUCUUGAAGAACUUCCAUCAGAAAUUAUCAUUCAAAUAUUUCAAAAUAUGUCAUUCGCUUACGAUUUGUAUUCAUCAUUUUUUAACUUGAAUUCACGAUUUAAUUCGUUGCUUAAUUAUUUUGGCUGGAAAAUUGAUUUAACUGAUCCGAAUUUAAAACAAACACGAUAUACUUAUUUAUGUCUUCAAGUAAUUCCUACAAUAACUCCUGCAAAUGUAACUUGUUUAAAAAUUAGUACCGAUAAUUUAUUAGGUUGUGCAAGGACUUAUUUUAAAUUUAAUCAAUUUAUAAACUUAACAACAUUAACAUUGAUUUGUUGUGGUGAUAGACGUGAAUUUUUGUCUGUACCAUUCCUUAUUUUCAGCAAUUAA